CUUGAUGUAUUCCGGUCACUGCCCGGUUUAUCUGGUAUCUACAUCAGCUGUUUGUUUAGUGGCGCUCUCAGUACGCUCUCGUCUGGAAUCAACGCGUUAGCUGCGAAUACUGUAGAAGAUAUUCUUGGAGACUGUGUUAAGAAAUCGAAAAUCAUAUCACAGACAUGUGUAGCAAAGCUAUGUGUAUUUUCGUACGGGCUGAUAGUCAUUGGACUGGCAUAUGCCAUCAGCUCCAGGUCUGGGUCGAUAAAUCAGAUAGCACUUUCUGUAUUGGGUGCGUGUGGAGGACCGUUGGUCGGACUCUUCUUUCUUGGUGGAAUGAUACCAAAAGCAAACUGGAUAGGGGCUAUUGUCGGCAGCUUGAUUACUAUGAGCUUCAACAUUUGGUUAUCUGUUGGAGGGCAAAUAUACGGGAAGCGGCCAGUAAAAUUAAUCCAGAAUCCUACGAGUGGGUGUUACCCCAAUAACUUCACGGUAUCAAUGAACGAGUCAUUUAUAUACAGUUAUAACCUUACAAUAAAUACAACUCCGUACGAUGUAAAUGGGACCUCAAGUAUGUCACCAAUAAGUCCUUUCAGGUAA